AUGGAGGCUGUGCCUGCAUCGCCAACGCGGCCUGCAGAGGCACAGACAGAUACCCCGAUGCACGACGAGAAUACGUCGCGUCGGCCCCCACGCACAGCGGAAGAUCGGCAGCGGACACGGCGCAUGCUCGGCGUGCUCAACUCGACCUUAGCACAAGCACGUGCGCCACGUACCAGGCCCGCUCCCACGGCCUUGGCACACGCCUCAAUGGAGACAGAUCCCGCUGCAUCGGAGCGUCAGGCACGCCAAGAGGCACUGGAAGCGGAACGACGUGCGCACGAUGCCGAGCGUGCGUCGGUGCGGCAGGAUACGCAGCGCGUUCGUACGCUCGCAGAGAACUUGGCAGCGUACGAAGCAGCGCAUCGCAUGGCGCGUGCGAACAAGCGGCGACUCUCGUCGUUCUUGGUGACACAUACCGCGCGACGUGCCGCAGGAGCACGCGAGCCACGCGAUGCAAACGAAGUCGCAGCGACAGAAGGUGCGCGCGUCGUGCCUCAGAUCCCUCUAUGCGGCACAAGUCAUGACUAUGAGGUAUACUACUUGCCGCGGAAACUCGUUCCUGCGCAGGAAGAUGCGUUGGAUGCACAGGAAGAAGCAGUGGACGACGCCAUUGAUCAGGCGGACGACGACUGGGAUCGUGCGCGAGCCUCGAUGCUGCAGGAAUUGCAGGACAUCAAGGCGCGGCUCACAAAGCACCACGUCGCAUGGUAA